UCUCUCUCUCUCUCUCUCUCUCUCUCUCUCUCUCUCUCUCUCUCUCUCUCUCAUUUUUGUUUUCAAAGUAUGGGAGGUAAGCUUGAUUUGGAAGUGGAGGUAAAGACUCCUGCAGACAAGUUCUGGGGAGCCAUCAAGGAUUCCAAAGACCUCUUCCCCAAGGUCUUUCCUCAGCAGUACAAGAGCAUUGAGAUCCUUGAAGGAGAUGGCAACAGUGUCGGUUCUGUCAGGCUCGUCCAUUUUGCUGAAGGAAUUCCCAUCAUUACAACUUCCAAGGAGAAGAUAGAGGCUGCAGACGAAGAAAAAAAGACGGUCUCUUACAGCGUAAUAGAUGGAGAUCUGAUCAACUUCUACAAGACAUUCAAGGCCACCUUCCAGGUGACGCCAAAGGGCGAUGGCAGCUUGGCGAAGUGGAGUAUUGAAUAUGAAAAGGCAAAUGAAGAUGUUCCUGACCCAAAUCUCUUUCAGGAAUUUGCAUCCAAGACCUUCACUGAGUUGGAUGCUUACCUCCUCAAAGCCUAGAGAGGAGUCCAUACCAGCAUGGGACUUGUUGGUCUUUCAAUAAAAUUUGUGAAACCUCUUUCUAUGUGGUAUCAUUUCUACGUGCUCUAGCAAUUAUAAUUAGAGGGUGGCUACUUUCCCUACUACUUGUAUUUUCUUCAUGAAGUUGGUUGUUGUUUUCUUACUAGUGAAAGCUACUUAUUGUGUUGA